AUGAGCCGGCCAAGCCCGAGCAUAAGCAGGGCGAUUGCUCGUGACCUUGGACGGUCUGACCUGCGGAACCAUGGAGAGUCGCCUCAUGUGCCUCGCCACGACUACACGUCGAUGGCCGAUGAUGUCGCUGCCUUCAUCGAGGAGCACAAGCUCAAAGAGCCCACGCUUAUCGGUCAUUCGAUGGGAGCAAAGACAGCGAUGACGCUAGCACUUCGGUCACCAGAACUUGUGCACGACCUAGUGUCCGUAGACAAUGCACCGGUGGAUGCUGCGCUCGUAAGUGACUUUGCUAAGUAUAUACGAGGCAUGAAGCAGAUCGAAGAGGCUGGCGUGACAGGCCAGAAGGAGGCAGACAAGAUUCUCUCGGACUACGAGGAGUCAUUGCCGAUUCGGCAGUUCUUGCUAGGAAAUUUGUAUCAGCCUGAUGGGGAGAAGACACGCAAGUUCCGGGUCCCGCUGAACAUCAUUGCUAAAGCCCUCGACCACUUGGGAGACUUCCCUUACAAGGAUCCAGGCGAGGUUCGCUUCGAGAAGCCUGCGCUCUUCGUCAGGGGCAUCCACAGCAAAUAUGUCCCCGACGAGGUUCUGCCUGUUGUUGGGCAGUUUUUCCCGCUGUUUGAGCUCGCGGAUAUUGAAGCCGGACACUGGGUCAUCUCGGAGAACCCGGAGGCUUUUAGGCAAGCUGUCAUACGGUUUCUCAGCCCGAAAGACUGA